GGCCGGCCUGCCUCUCACCUCAGUCCUCGGCUCCGGAUCGCCGGCCCGAGCCCCCGCCCCUCCCCCGCUCCGCGGCCGGGCGCCCCCUCUGCUGGUUCCGCGCCACCCGCGCGCUCACGCCCGGGUACAAUCCUCCCCUUGUCCGCGGCGCCGGCUUCUCGAGUUUUCAGUAGCCUCGGGCUACGCCUUUUUUCCAGGGCGGCGCCCCAGCCCUGCUCCUCCUCGCGGCUGGCCGCACGGCAGCCCCGGUCCCUCUUCCCAGAGCCCCUCCCCGGAGUUGGGAUCCGGGCGCACUGCCCCAGCGCCCUGCGAGCCGCUGUGCGGUCUCCGCCCGCUCCCACGCCAUGGCCUCCUCCGGCCCGGGACUCCGGCUCCUGCCGGGGCUCCUGCUGCUGCUGCUGCUGCCGCCGCCUCCUGCAACCUCGGCCUCCGACCGUCCGCGGGGCAGCGACCCGGUCAACCCAGCUCUCCACGGACACCAAAGUUUCCCAGAGAAGCUGCUGGUGAUCACGGUGGCCACAGCCGAGACGGAAGGAUACCGGCGUUUCCUGCGGUCCGCGGAGUUCUUCAACUACACAGUGCGGACCCUGGGCCUGGGAGAGGAGUGGCGAGGGGGUGAUGUGGCCCGAACAGUUGGUGGAGGACAGAAGGUCAGGUGGCUCAAGAAGGAGAUGGAGAAAUACGCAGACCGCGAGGACAUGGUCAUCAUGUUUGUGGACAGUUACGACGUGAUUCUGGCUGGCAGCCCCUCGGAGCUGCUGAAGAAGUUUGUCCAGACCGGCAGCCGCCUGCUCUUCUCUGCGGAGGGCUUCUGCUGGCCCGAGUGGGGGCUGGCAGAGCAGUACCCUGAGGUGGGCACGGGGAAGCGCUUCCUCAACUCUGGUGGAUUCAUUGGCUUUGCCCCCACCAUCCACCAAGUCGUCCGCCAGUGGAAGUACAAAGACGAUGACGACGACCAGCUGUUCUAUACACGACUCUACCUGGACCCGGGGCUCAGGGAGAAACUCAGCCUCAAUCUGGAUCAUAAAUCCCGGAUCUUUCAGAACCUCAAUGGGGCUUUAGAUGAGGUGGUUUUAAAGUUUGAUCGGAACCGUGUGCGUAUCCGGAAUGUGGCCUAUGACACACUUCCUGUCGUGGUCCAUGGGAACGGUCCCACUAAGCUCCAGCUGAAUUACCUGGGAAACUAUGUCCCUAACGGCUGGACCCCCCAGGGAGGCUGUGGGUUCUGCGGCCGGGACCGGAGGACACUCCCGGGGGGGCAGCCUCCCCCCCGGGUGCUUCUGGCUGUGUUUGUGGAACAACCUACCCCGUUCCUGCCCCGCUUCCUGCAGCGGCUGCUGCUCCUGGACUAUCCCCCGGACAGGAUCACCCUCUUCCUGCAUAACAACGAGGUGUACCAUGAACCCCACAUCGCAGACUCCUGGCCCCAGCUCCAGGACCACUUCUCAGCUGUGAAGCUGGUGGGGCCAGAGGAGGCCCUGACGCCAGGCGAGGCCAGGGACAUAGCCAUGGACACUUGUCGGCAGGACCCGGAGUGCGAAUUCUACUUCAGCCUGGAUGCCGACGCCGUCCUCACCAACCAGCAGACCCUGCGCAUCCUCAUCGAAGAGAACAGGAAGGUGAUAGCGCCCAUGCUGUCCCGUCACGGGAAGCUGUGGUCCAACUUCUGGGGAGCCCUGAGCCCCGACGAGUACUAUGCGCGCUCGGAGGACUACGUAGAGCUGGUACAGCGGAAGCGAGUGGGCGUGUGGAAUGUGCCCUAUAUAUCCCAGGCAUACGUGAUCCGUGGUGAGACCCUGAGGACAGAGCUGCCCCAGAGGGAGGUGUUCUCGGGCAGCGACACUGACCCCGACAUGGCCUUCUGUAAGAGCCUGCGGGACAAGGGCAUCUUUCUCCACCUGAGCAAUCAGCACGAAUUCGGCCGCCUCCUGGCCACUUCCCGGUACGACACCGAUCAUCUGCACCCUGACCUCUGGCAGAUCUUCGACAACCCCCUGGACUGGAAGGAACAGUACAUUCAUGAGAACUACAGCCGGGCCCUCGAAGGGGAGGGACUUGUGGAGCAGCCGUGCCCAGACGUGUACUGGUUCCCGCUGCUGUCCGAGCAGAUGUGCGACGAGCUGGUGGAGGAAAUGGAGCACUACGGCCAGUGGUCAGGGGGCCGGCAUGAGGACUCGAGGCUGGCCGGAGGUUACGAGAACGUGCCCACCGUGGACAUCCACAUGAAGCAGGUGGGCUAUGAGGACGAGUGGCUACAGCUGCUGAGGACGUACGUGGGACCCAUGACAGAGAGCCUGUUCCCAGGCUACCACACCAAGACCCGGGCGGUGAUGAACUUCGUGGUCCGCUACCGGCCGGACGAGCAGCCCUCUCUGCGGCCCCAUCACGACUCGUCCACCUUCACCCUCAACGUGGCCCUCAACCACAAGGGCCUGGAUUAUGAGGGAGGUGGCUGUCGCUUCCUGCGUUAUGACUGCAUAGUCUCGUCCCCGCGGAAGGGCUGGGGGCUCCUGCACCCCGGCCGCCUCACCCACUACCACGAGGGGCUGCCCACGACUCGGGGCACCCGCUAUAUCAUGGUGUCCUUUGUCGACCCCUGACAUUCAACCACUCUGCCACACUCUCCCUACCAUUGUGCCUUUCCGCACGUGCGCGCCCCCGCCCCACAGCCUUGGAGCGGGGGUUGUGUCUGGCGCCUCCCUUCCUGAGUGGAUGCUGGGUGUGCCUGGGACUGAAUGUGCCCCCCCCAACACACAGCCCUCUCAGGAAGCUCCUGGGAGCCCCCUUGCCCCACCCCUCGUUCCCCAAACGUUCAUGGGGAGAAGACUUCUGGGGGCUCCCCAUACAAUAAAUUAUUGUUUCUCAGCCUCCCUCCCAAUAAAGGAGGAUUUGUAA